AUGGAGCCGCUGUCCUUCUUGGUUCUCUUUUUGCUGGUCCAGGGACUGGGAAUUGGGAGUUUCGCCUCUGAGCUGGACCCCAACGGGAAGCAUGUCUGCAGGUCAGACAGCCAUUCCCACGUCCUUACCUGUUGCCCUGGCUGGAAGCAAGAGGGCCGAGAGUGCACACUUGCUCUGUGCGAAGGAGCUGCUGCCUGCCAAGAAGACGAGGUGUGUGUGAGACCCGGUUUUUGCCGCUGCAAGCCCGGCUUCUUUGGGGCCAGCUGUAAUACACGUUGCCCUGAUGAAUACUGGGGCCCCGACUGCAAAGAGAACUGCCUUUGCUUUCCCAAUGGGAAGUGUGACCCUGCCAGUGGAGAAUGCACCUGCCACCCAGGCCGCUGGGGGGCACUCUGCCAGUUUGCCUGCCAGUGUGGCCCCCAUGGCCACUGCAACCCCACCACUGGAGCCUGCCACUGCAAGCCAGGCUGGUGGGCACCAGACUGCAAGAAGCAAUGCCUGUGCAACCUGGCUGGCUCUCGCUGUGAUCCAGCUACUGGUCGGUGCAUCUGCGACCAAGGAUGGUGGGGCAGGAAGUGCUCCUCUCCCUGCCACUGCAACCACUCCCCCUGUGCCCAAGAAUCUGGCCGGUGCGAGUGCCGGGCAGGGCUAUGGGGUGCAUCCUGCCAGCACCAGUGCCAGUGCGUGCAUGGGACCUGCAGCCCCCAAGAUGGACAGUGCCUCUGUGAUGCCGGCUACCAGGGCCAGAGAUGUACGGACCCCUGUCCUGCUGGGACCUUUGGGCCACAGUGCAGAUACAACUGUGGCCACUGCAAACAGGAACAGCCCUGCUCUCCAGUAGACGGCUUCUGCCUGGCCUGUGACUCUGGCUGGAAUGGAACCCGCUGCAAUCAGCCGUGCCCACCAGGGCACUAUGGGGAAAACUGUGCCCAACUCUGCCCACGCUGCCAUCGGGGGGAGACUUGUCACCCCAAAACAGGGGAAUGUCGGAACUGUGAACCAGGCCUCAGAGGUGCCAGGUGUGAGCUGCCCUGCCCCCCUGGCCUGUUUGGCAAGGGCUGCCAACUUGUCUGUCCAAGCUGCUUCAACGGGAGCUGUGAUCCAGUGUCCGGGAUGUGUGUGUGCCAGGCUGGGUACUGGGGCGCUAGCUGCAACCAGACCUGCCUGGAAGGAUUUUAUGGGCCCAACUGCUCUGAGCUCUGCCAGUGCCCCUGGGGCCCGUGCCACCCAUCUUCUGGGGACUGUCAGUGGAGAGGCAAGAGGCAAGAAGUCCUUCUCGUGGGCAUCCUGGUCCCAUUGUUGCUGCUGCUCCUGCUCUGCAUUUGCUGCUGCUUCUGCUGCAGAUCGGCUCCAGUGGCCACCAAUGGCAGGGUGGCAGCUGCUGAUGGGGACCCAGUCUCCCAGGUGAAGCUUCACGUGCAGGGGGCGCUGGCCAACCUCCGCUCCAGCUUUCCCUGCUUCUCUUUGGGGGGCUACAAGCUUCCACGGGUGACAGUCUCCCACCACGACGCAGAGAUCCCCUUCAACCCCAGCUUCCUUGAGUCCCCAUCUGCUGCCUGGCCCAUUGACAGCUCUUUCUCCGACACAGAUGAGGAGGAAGAUACAGCCUGCCACCUCCCUACCAAGGAAGGAAGAGUUGUGUGUAAUGCUCCAGAUGUUGAGCCACAGCCGGGCCUCCUCCCCGAGGUGUCAGCCUUGAAUUUGGAGUCCUUUGUCAUCCCUCGCACAUCCAGCAUUGCCAAAGCCAAGAGACCCUCUGUGUCCUUUGCAGAAGGCACCUGCUUUGGCCCGCAGAGUGCCAGAAGCUCCACGGAAACCCUCCACCUCUCACAGAAGCCGAAGACGAUGCGGAGCGUCUCCCAAGUGGCCUUGCUUCACCAGCCUGGCCCGGGCCGUGAACAGGGCAAUUUGGCAGAGUGCUGUUACGAGAACUUGGAGGCUAGCUCACGGAUGGAGGAGGGCCACAGGCCAUCUCCACGGAGCACCCCAGGUGGCCCCAGGAAACGGAUCUCCAACUCCCGGCACGUGGCGCAGCGAGUGGAAGCUCUGGAGGCGGCCUUGUCAGCUCAAGGCAAAGAGUCGUGCAUCACCACCAUUUAUGUGACGGUGGGCAAAGGGGAAGGGAGGGGCAAAGGGCCGGAGCAGGCUGCCCUGCAACAGAGUGAGGGGCCCAAGCUUGGGCGAAGCAUCGAGGGCCUCCAGAUGCCCCCUGGGAGGACACCAGACUCAGACAAAGGUACUAGGGGGCCGCUGUCCCAAGGCAAGCCUGACCCGGAAUCCAAGUUUUCCGAGGCUGAGGCCCAGGGUCUUCUGGGAAGCCUGCCAGCUGCUGCCUGUGAAGAGGCUGCCCAGAACAAGCGCCCUAGCCAAAGCCACAGCCAGACGGAGGUGGAAGCAGGUGCCUCCAACGAGGAGGCCCAGGAGCCGAAGUAUGAGAAUGUCUCUGGGUUGAUCCAGCUUCCCAUAGCUUCCUAAAGCCUUCAUCCGAAGGCCUGCAAAACUUUGGGACAGCCACGGAAAAGCAGAGGUAGGCUGGCAAAGCACCUGUGAGGGAUGCUGGACGUUCUAAUAGCUGGAUUGCCCUGGAGGAAUCCAGCCAUUUCUCGUCCCCUGUGGUGCCUUCUCCUUUACCUGUGACAAGAGGCAACCCUUGAGAAAAGUGGAGUGGGCAAAACAAAUGCAGCCAAAUGCUUAAGUCAGCUGUGGUGACUCCAGCGUAGAUCUCGUCAUGUGCUUGAGGCUGGAGAUGGGACUGCAGCGGGUUAAAGAAAGAGGCUGCCAUCAGUGCAUAGCUUCCAUCACCCAGCCACCCUUUCUGGAGUGGGCAGCCUUAGAUACUGCGUGGCUUCCUGUUCACCCCACCAGCUGGCUGGAUUGUAGCAACAGGGCCAGAUGCGCCAGAGGUGCUUGGCCUCCCACCUUGGACUUCUUAGACCUCAUCCAAACUAAAGAACUGUUGCCUUCUCAGUGAAUGUCCCAGAACCUGGCAUCCCCUUGGUGAUGUGAAGGCAUUUUAUUUUUUCAUGUUUUCGUGUUCCACAAUUAACAUUGUGCCAGUGACCUCUGCUCUUGGGGAGAUGGGCCAGGUGAGAGCCUCCCUCACAUCUCCUUACCCUCUUCAGUGGCUUUCCAGGAGAGCCAGUUUGGUGUAGUGGUUAAGAGCACGGGACUCUAAUCUGGAGAGCUGGGUUUGAUUCCCCACUCCUCCACUUGAAGCCAGCUGGGUGACCUUGGGCGAGUCACAGUUCUUUGGAACUCUCUCAGCCCCACCCACCUCACAGGGUGAUUGUUGUGGGGUAAUAAUAACACUUUGUAAACCGCUUUGAGUGGGCAUUAAGUUGUCCUGAAGGGCGGUAUAUAAAUCAAAUGUUAUUAUUAUUAUUAUUUCCCAGCAAAGAUGCUACCUGGUUGCUGAAGACCCCUACAAUCCUCCACCCCCUGCCAACGGCAGCAGAACCAUCUGCAGACCCUUUCUGGGAAGUUUAGUUGCUUAAAUAACACCUGUUCUCUCAUACCAUGAUUGCGGCUCAGUUUGCAACCUGCAGCCACGGGCUCUCCCGUCUGUGGCCUCUUCCCACGAUAACCUCCUUGAAGUCCAUUGUGUUUCCU